CGUUGCCACGGGCUUUUGAAAUAUUUAGGUUGAGUUGUAUAAACAUAAUGCAUGUUUAAUUUCACAUGCAGAGGAAUGUCGGUGCCUUACCAUGUGCUACGAAAAUAUUUUUCUAGAAUUAUGUAAACAUAAUGCAUGUCAAAUUUCACAUGUAGAGACAAGAUAGCAUGGGAAAAGUUGGAUAUUUAUUGAAUUCCAAUUCGCUUACAAUGUAGAUUGAUAAAAAAAGAUAAAUUAAUGAUAUCUACAUAUAAUGAUGAUCCAACUAAAAUACUAUUACAAAUUAAUAUCCAGUUGUUGUCCUUAAGAAAUUCUCGCACAAUAUUAAGACUGUUGUCUUCAGUUUCAUUCGCACAAUAUUUAAGCAAAUAUAAUAAAGCAUUCUUCCUCAGCUUAUACACAUCCUACACAAGCAACAUGUAACAAGAAUAAUUCAUGUCGAAGAUCUUAAAAUGUGCAACGAAAAAUACUCAUGGUACUAACCGGACGAAGUAAUUCUUUACCAUUCCACCAGAGCAUAAAAAACAUAAUAGCCAGACACAUCCUGCAAUUUCCUAUAUUAGUAUUAUUUUAAAAUAGUGAUAACAAAAAUAAAUGCUUGUAUUUUGAAUAUUGAUGGUUUUUGUAGUACAUUUCUCGGAAAAGUUACUUUCUAUGGUUUCCAGGUUUACCCCUCGCUUACUCACUCACUCACCCACUCGCUCAGUCCCAUCUUCACGCUCAUUCCCCUCGCUCACCCACUCCCCCAAAUCCCUAGCCCGCGGCGGCAAUGCACCUCCCCCUCACCUGCAUCGGCGAUGCACCUCCCCCUCACCUGCUUUUGCGACUCAGCCACGUCGCUGCCCUUCUUCCCCCGCGUCGCCUCCUCGCAUUCUCGUCCGCGUCACCUCUUCCUCUCACCCGCAUCCUCUGCAUCACGGUCGAGCCAAAGUUAGUUGUUUUAGCGAGGUCGAGUUGGAGCCUGACGAGCGCGGGCACGGCGGCCUUGUUCUGCUCAACGACAGUGGCGACGGACGCUGGCACUCCUCGUCGCCAUCGACCUGCAAGGAGGAGCGUCGUGUUGGACACUGCCAUCCCAAACGCUGCUGGUGCUCCAUCACUUCUACGAGUCCCUCGUCACCUGCUCCUAGGUCGCCCCCGAAGUCGAGCUCCCCACGCUCGACCUACAAGGUUUGCAUCAUUAAUUUUCCCCACGUCUUUCCAAUCUCUGGAGCCUAUGAUUUGGGAAAAGGCAAGGAGAGAUUCUGGAGCUGAUUGUGAUUGUUGCUCUGGAUGGAAUAUGGAUGCAGAUGUACUGUGGCCAAGAACUGCUCUCUGCCGCGUGAGUAGAUUGGAAAGGCAAGGCGCAAGGAGCGAUUGGAAAGGCUGCUGCUGCUCCUGGACGAUGCAACUCCUGAUACCACUACCUCUUGUCUAUUCGGGCAUGAGCACAUUCUUGGAGUGGAUCUGCAUUUCAAAUAGUUUACAAGUGGGAGUACAUGGAUUACUACAGAUUAAAUCGAGGAGAAGAUGGUCCCUGCUCCGUGAUGAUGCCGCCGUUACCUACGACUUCCUCAACCACCACCACCAUGAUUUUGUCGAACAUGGUGAGUACUGAGUACUCCUCCAAUGCUUGUACUCCUACCAAUAUUUACUGUUGUAAUCAUGGGGUAGUUAGCUACUAUAUGAUGUUUCCUAGUAGAAUGCCCAUGUGUUGCCACGGGCAUUUUAAAUAAUUAACUUGUUGCAUAU